AUGAAGAGCAAAGUCAAGUUCAAUCACUUACCAAAUACAUUCCUUCUCCAAUUAAUCAAAAUUGAGCCAAAUAUUGGAUUGACAUGUAAGGAGUUAUUUGAUAUCGGCAAGGCUGUUCGUUAUGCGGCGUUGAUUGGACCUGGACACAUGACGAACAAUUCUAUAUCAACCAAGCCUGCAAACUUCAGUCAAAUCGCAAAGUUUGUUAGAUUCCUAUCCGAAUUCUGCCAUUACGAGUACGCUAACAAAGUCAAAACUCUUUCUCUGCCGUAUCAAACAGCGACAGAUAAUGCAAAGGAUUUAUACGAAGAAAUGAAAAAGUCUAUUAAGCGCUUCAAGUUGGAGAAUAUCGUUUUCAAUCAACCUCCACAUGAUGAGUUGUGGGACUUUAUUCCGAUCAAACGUGGUAUCAAAUCAAUUACAAUAUACUCACAAGACGAAUCAAUUCCUAUUGAAGACCUUGUUAAGAUCUGCUUGUCUAAGCUACCCACAAUCAAAAACCUCCGACUGCACUUCCUGCAAGAUGACAUAAGAAAAUUUUCAAAAAUUGAUGAUUUUGAACCAACACAAAACACACGAAUCAACUCAAUUGAGACAUUAACACUGAGAGCUAUACAAGUUGGUCAUAAGCAUAGUAGCAAGCAACAUCCACAACUGAAGCAUCAGUUGAAAGAUGUGAGUGAAAAUGUCGCUAAGUUCGAUGACCAUCUCGAGGCAACAAGAAUGUUUAGAUUCGGUAGUGAGAUUGUUAUAGAUGGUGACAAGACUCUUAUGCUGGGUAGAGUUUAUGAGAUCGAUCCACCUUCUUAUGAACAUUCAUCAGUCACUAGACUUUUCAGUACUUCACAACCUGCUUACAAAUUUGGCUUGAGAAAUCACAAGGGUGCCGCAGCUAGAUGGAAAGCAAUAGGAAACAAUCAAUUUACAAGGAAGAAGGCAGGAAGGAACCACAAGAAUUACCAUCUUAGUCCAGAACAAACGAAUAGAUUGGCAAACGGUGCAUUAGCUCAUGGUACACAGUGA